AUGCUCAAGUCGUCCAAGAAGGAAGAUGGAGGUUACACCUGCACCCUGAGCCCGGAGUUACAAGAGAAAGCGGCCAAGGAACUCAACGAGGACCCAAAAACUCGUCUUUUGGAAAUUAAAAAUUUGAGGACUCGACUGGAAAAGGUUCCAGGUCUGCAGCCGCGAACAGAUGUCCGGUUUCUCCUGCGCUUCUUACGAGCUCGCAAGUUUGAUCAAGAAAGAAGCUUCCAAUUGGUGAAGAACUAUUACGACAUUCGGGUCCAAUUCCCUGAAAUGUGUAGUGAUUUGAAGCCAUCUCGGGUCCGGCAUGUCUUUGAUGAUGGUUUCAUUGAGGUACUCAAACAUCGGGACAACGAAGGAUGUAGGGUCAUCAUUCUCAGACCAGACAACUGGGAUCCCGACCGUUAUCCUGCUGCAGACAUUUUGAAGGCUAUAUACAUGACCUUUGCAAUGAUUUCAGAAGAUGAGGACACACAGGUCAGCGGAGUUCAUUUAAUCAGCUAUCUGGCGACCAUGACUUUCAAACAGCUCUCUCAAGCUACGCCAAACAUGGCCAAGUUUUUUAUCAGCACCCUCCAGGAUGUAGUCCCCAUCAGACUGAAGCGCUACGAUUUUGUGAAGGAGUCUGCGUUCUUUGACGUCAUCCUCGCCUUGAUGAAACCUUUCAUGAAGGAGAAGCUAUUGAGUAGACUUGUUGUGAAUGGAGACAAGUUCGACAAGUUACAUUCGUCAAUCAACCCAGAGUUCCUGCCCAUAGAUCUGGGAGGCAAGCUACCAAAACACAGCAACAAGGAACUCGUCGAGUCGCUGCUGGCUUCAGACGCCCAGUUUGAAGAAGACAACAAGUUUGGUUUCGUGAAGAUGAAUGUGAACAGCGGCAAUUCUGUCAGCAAAAGUGGAGAUGCCGACAUGCAAGGACUUGGCGGGACAUUCAAGAAACUAGAUAUAUAA